AUGAAGAGACGUAUAGACUUUAAAAGUGUUUGUGUUGCUUCCAUUAUAGGUUUGUGUACUGGUGUUUAUAUUUUUAACCCUAUAGUAAACAAUAUGAAAGAAAAUAUAGAUAACGUAAAACAAAAAAAUAAACGAUAA